AGGUCUAUGGGUUGAUGACGGUUCCGGUUGGAUCGCCGGCAGCGACGCGCUACCGAUGGAGAGUGAUUCGUCGGUCUCCGGCAGAGAUUCGUCGGUUCCCGGCAGAGAUUCGUCUUUGUCGGACGAAGAAGCUGAUCUUCAGAAUCUCGUCGAACAAGCUGAUUCUAAAACCGACAGCUUUCGCCGUCGAGAUCAGAUUCCUUCGCAUGCCGGCGACUGCGACGCUUCGGAGACGGUGGAGAGUCGGGGAACUAGUUUCGACUUCCAAUAUGUCGUCUCGCGCCUAAGACGACGAUUGAAGCUCAAUCUCAGCAAGCGUCAGGCGAUUGUCAUCUUCCUCCCUCUAGUCAUUGUCCUUGUUUACUUAUCCGUCGAUGUCCGGAGUUACUUCUCCGUCGAGGUCCCGCCUUUUGGACCUUCUGAUACCGUCUCGGAUCGGGUACAGGAAUCGGAGCUCCGGGCACUGUAUCUUCUCAGGCAGCAGGAGAGUGCCCUUCUCUCUCUCUGGAACCGUACUUCGUCGAAUUCCUCUGCCAUCGAUGAUGUGAAAUCAGAGGUUUUCCGGCAGGUUUCGUUGAAUAGACAGAUCCAGGGUGCACUUCUAUCUCCGCAUCGAGUGGGUGAUGUACCGGAGAAUGGCGGAUUUUCGUCUGGUUCGGCUGCUUACCUAUCCGGCGGUAGGUGUCGAAGAGUGGACCAGAAAUUGUCCGAGAGGAAGACGAUACGAUGGAAACCGAGACAGGAUAAGUUUCUAUUUGCAAUAUGCUUGUCGGGGCAGAUGAGCAAUCACUUGAUAUGUCUGGAGAAGCACAUGUUCUUUGCGGCAUUGUUGAAUCGCGUCUUGGUAAUCCCUAGCCAUAGGUUCGAUUACCAUUACAGUAGAGUCGUAGACAUUGAUCGGAUCAAUACUUGUCUUGGUAGAAAUGUUGUGGUUUCCUUCGAAGAGUUUGUGGAGAAGAAGAACAAGAAUAAGAAGGGUCAUCAUCAUGUUCGCAUUGACAGAUUCAUCUGCUACUUCUCGAAACCUCAGCCAUGUUAUGUAGAUGAAGAGCAUAUUAAGAAGUUGAAAGCUUCCGGUGUUUCGGUUGGGAGUAAGCUGGAAGCGCCAUGGGAGGAGGACAUUACAAAGCCGAGCAACAAGACAGUGGAGGAAGUGGAAGCUAACUUCAGGUCCGAUGAUGAUGUCAUCGCCAUUGGAGAUGUUUUCUACGCCAAUGUGGAGAAAGAGUGGGCAAUGCAGCCUGGAGGUCCCAUUGCUCACAAGUGCAAGACUUUGAUUGAACCUAAUCAGCUGAUUUUGGUCACGGCACAGCGGUUCAUCCAGACUUUCUUGGGCAAGAACUACAUUGCCCUUCAUUUCCGCAGACAUGGAUUCUUGAAGUUUUGCAAUGCCAAAAGUCCGAGUUGCUUUUACCCCAUUCCCCAAGCUGCCAACUGCAUCAUUCGUCUGGUUGAAAGGGUCGGGGCAUCAGUUAUUUACCUUUCAACUGAUGCCGCCGAAAGUGAAACUGGUUUGCUUCAGUCACUGCUCAUGUUGGAUGGGAAGACUGUUCCACUUGUGAAACGACCACCCCGUAAUUCAGCGGAGAAAUGGGAUGCAUUGUUAUACAGACACGGUCUGGAAGACGACUCACAGGUGGAAGCUAUGUUGGACAAGACUAUCUCUGCCAUGUCGAGUGUGUUCAUAGGAGCAUCUGGAUCCACUUUCACGGAGGAUAUCCUUCGGCUCAGGAAGGACUGGAGAACAGCUUCAGAGUGCGACGAGUACCUCUGUCAACAUGAGCAGCCUGAUUUCAUCGCAGACAACGAAUAACAACGCUAUCAAAUCUUCAAAUCUUGGAGAAACUGGUGCUUCAGCAGAUCCACCGAACAUUCCGCCGCACAGUCUUCGUCCAGUGAUACUCCGACCACUGUACGGAGUCUCUGGAAGAAAAUCUCCUACGAAUCCAGGAAGCCCAUCAACGCCAAUGCCGAGCUCGUCGUCGAUUUCAUCUCUGACAAGAUGAAUAGGGCAUGGAUGGGUCUGGAGAAGGCACCAGAAGGGUCAAUGAAGAACAAGCUUCACGGUUUAGAUCCUAAACUUGUACGUCGGAGACUACAUCAUAUUGCCAUGAGGUAAAUUAUAUUUUGUGGCUAGUAAUGUUCCCUCUAUAGCGUUUCUAGUGACUUUCUUGAAAGCAUCUGUACUCGAUGUCUUCAAAAUGUAGACUUGAUGUUCAGAUUCCAUAUGUCGGGGUAUGUUUUUAGUUACUCCACUGACAUGAAUAUCCGUAUCGGAUUACAGAGGAAUAAUCCUUCACAAGAAGUUCCUUAUCGGUUUAUGGUAUGUAAUAUGAGUAAGAUCAUCCUCAAGUAGGGGUGGACAUUUUUACCCGAGAUCCGGGGGUUUCCGCCUAUCUCGCGGGUACCCGGAAUUCAAUAUCCGUGAGACGUUGAGACACAGUUCGGGUUUUAUGAGAUAGAAAACCCGAGUUUCGGGUUCGGGUUCGAGUUUAAUAAUUUUAUCUCGGGUUAUCUCACGGGUACCCGGAAAAUUCAAAAAUUACAAAAAUAUCUUUUAUUAUUUAAUACACUCACACAAAUAACCCUAACCCUAAUUUACCAUCACUUCACUCUCUCUCUCUCAUUUGUAUUUGCGGCGGCUCUUUACAGAAACGGUCGACGAUCGUCGUUCUCUCUGGCUUUUGUUCGCCUUUGUUCGCCGUUCUCUCCAUUAUCCGUUUGCAGAAGCGAAAUCGAUCAUCGUUCACGUGUUUGCUGUUGCGAGUCUCCUUCUCUUUGCGAAAACGAUCGCCCUCGGUCUGUCCUUCUCCGCCUUGCGCCUCCUUCGUCAUUCGCCGGAGAUUCAGAUAGUGCGGAAAACAUUUGUAACCGAAGACGGAGUGAGGAAAGAGCCGAAGCAAGUUGCUAGGGAGAUACUCUCAUUCUUCACACGCAUCAAUUUCCAAGUCAAUGAUCGAGAAGAGACGACCGCGUAGAGGGCCCUGUUUACGUAAAAUCUGGUGAAAUUUCUCAGGAAAAAUUGUGAAUUUGGACAUGAAUCUCAUGUGGGUUUGCAUCUAACCCAUUUAGGAAUGAUGAUUCCAAACAGAUCCAUGUUUAAAUUUUACUCAUGAAUCAUGAUAUAUUUUGGAUUUUAUUCAAUUGUAUUUUGGAUAUAUUUUGGAGUAUGGAUUUUAUGUUAUUGA